UAAAAUUCAUACCUUCAUGACCCUUAUCUCUUGCAGAACUUAUUUUUAGAGUUUCUGGGUGAGAUUAAAAUAUUAAAAAAAAAAAAAGAGAGAGAGUGCAGCCAUGGGUUUUAUUACUCCUACUCCAAGACGUCUGAUAGUGAACCACCAUAGGGCAAGAGUAUGGUUCUUGUUGAAUUUUAUAUUUUUUGAAGACAGAAGGAUUGUGUUUAGCUUCUUUGAUUGCUCAUACAAGACGCUGACUACCAUUGAAGUAAUUAAUAACUAUUGUUUGUUAUUGCUGUCAUGGUUCUUACAAGUGUUGCUUGAUCUUAUUGACAAGCCUUUGAUGUACCUUGGCUAUGUGGUUGAGUUCUAUCUCAACUUGCUUUCUCAAAAUGGUGGCUUCCUUGGCCUUUUCAUGAACAUUUUUCUUGGAAAACUGAAGAAACCAGAAAGAGGCACAGAAAAUUUUUUAAGUACCAUUGGAGGGUUGGAUCCAAGAGUCGAUCUGCGCGUGACUGGAUCAUUUACAAAACAGCUAAAUGAAAAAGCUAUUGCAGAGGUAAUCACAGAAACGGUUAAUAGAGAUCUCAUGGAUCUAUGUGUCAUGGCAGCUAAGCUAGCUUAUGAAAAUGCCAGAGUAGUGGAAAAUGUUGUGAAUAGUUGUUGGAAGAUGAAUUUUGUGGGUUACUACAACUGUUGGAAUGGUAGGAGAAUUUGGAAUGAAAAACGAAAGGCAUGCAACACCCAAGCGUUCAUAUUGUCUGACAAGCCCAGAGAUGCAAACUUGAUAGUGAUCAGCUUCAGAGGCUCAGAACCUUUCAAUUCACAAGAUUGGAUGACUAGUAUUGAUUUCUCCUGGUUUGAGGUUCCAAACGUGGGAAAACUUCAUGUUGGAUACUUAGAAUGUAUGGGUAUAGGCACCAGAAGUGAUGCUUCAAGCUUCGAAAGUCACCUUCAAAAGAGGGAUAAAAAUUUCUUCCAAUUAGAUGCUGAGAGUGAGAAGGAAUCGUUGAGAAAAGCAAACAAGAGUGCAUACUAUCUAGUGGCGAUCAAGCUCAGCAACUUACUGAAGGAGAACCCGAAUGCAAAAUUUGUGGUGACAGGACAUAGCUUAGGUGGGGCACUUGCUAUAAUAUUCCCAACCCUGUUGGCAAUCCAAGAUGAGGUUGAGAUGCUGCAAAGGCUGCUAGGUGUUUACACAUUUGGACAGCCAAGGAUCGGAGAUGUGCAGUUAGGAAAGUUCAUGGAACCCCAUUUGCAUAAUCCUGUUACCAAGUACUUCAGGGUGGUCUAUUCAGAUGAUAUCGUGCCUAGGCUGCCUUUUAACGGCAAAGCCUUCCAUUAUAAGCAUUUCGGAGAAUGCAUUUACUAUGACAGACAAUACCUUGGCCAGUUUAAAGAAGAUGUGCCAAACCCAAAUUACUUUGAUAUGAAAUAUAUAUUCCCAAUGCGCCUUAGAGCCGUACUGGAGUUGAUGAGAAGUCUUAAAGAGGACUUCACUCCUGGGUCAGAAUACAAGGAGACUACGCUUUGCAAAGGCUUGAGGCUAAUGGGAUUGCUGCUUCCUGGAAUUGCUUCACACAACCCUGUAAAUUAUGUUAACUGCGUCAGACUUGGAAGGGAGAAGGCUGCUCGAUUGACCUCAAUUACCCUUUCAUGAGAUUAUCUAUGAGGCUAUAUAAUAUAUAAUGUGAACUUCUGAGAGCUUCAGGGCUUAUAAUUAGGUCCCAGCUGCUGGAUGUAGCCCUUUGUUGUGGCUCUUGAGUUUUUUAUUUUAUGUUUUAUCUUUGAAAAUGUGUCAGCAUAAUAAUCUCAGAUAAACUCAAUAGUUAUCGUAGUGUGGUGGUAUGCAAUGUAUAAUUUAAUAUAAAAUAGAAAAGAAAAUCUGCAAUUACUAUAUAAAUUAGUCGUUUUGUUCA